GAUUUUAAAUUUUUAAUGUGGCUGUUAUAGCGAUUUGGCCAGCUACUCGUCUAUCUUUUCUCUGCUAGGCCCUGUGAACUCGUGAGGUGUGUGCUACUGUGCUUGCUUUGUAACUCGCUUUUGCGCUCUCUCUCUCUCUCUCUCUCUCCACUAUAAAUACAGAACUCGAGUCGGCGGCAACAGCUUCCGUUGGUUUUCUUUUCUCGCUUCGUUUGUGCAUUCUCUUGAUUUUUCUGCUUGGCAUUUCUCUCUCUCGGCGCACUUGGAGCUUCGGUGAUGGCGUCGUGCUUGUGAGUUCUUGUUGCGUUAGUGAAGAGGAGUGAAUCGCUGCGAGUUUCAUCAUCGGAGUAUUUGUGUUGGCGAUGGCGGAGGAGAAGGGUGAGGAGGGAGUUGUUGCGGCGCAGAAGAUAACGGUUGGAGUCUGCGUUAUGGAAAAGAAGGUUUUCUCGGCGCCUAUGGAGCAGAUUCUUCAGAGGUUACAAGCGUUUGGUGAGUUUGAGGUCGUACAUUUCGGGGACAAGGUCAUCCUAGAAGAACCGAUUGAGAGCUGGCCAGUAUGCGAUUGUUUGAUCGCUUUCCAUUCCUCUGGAUAUCCCCUGGAAAAGGCUGAAGCAUAUGCUUCUUUAAGAAAACCUUUUCUAGUAAAUGAACUGGAGCCACAGCACCUUCUUCAUGAUCGAAGAAAAGUAUAUGAGCGUCUUGAAGAGUUUGGAAUCUCUGUUCCAAGAUAUGCCCUUGUAAAUAGGGAAGUACCAUAUCAACAGCUGGAUUACUUCAAUGAGGAAGAAGAUUUUGUUGAGGUUCAUGGUAUGCGUUUCUGGAAGCCAUUUGUGGAGAAGCCCAUUGAUGGUGAUAAUCAUAGUAUAAUGAUAUACUAUCCCAGUUCAGCUGGUGGAGGUAUGAAGGAAUUAUUUAGGAAGGUUGGCAACAGGUCUAGUGAGUUCCAUCCAGAGGUGAGAAGAGUGAGGCGUGAAGGCUCCUAUAUUUAUGAGGAGUUCAUGCCAACUGGAGGGACAGAUGUUAAGGUAUAUACAGUUGGCCCUGAGUAUGCUCAUGCUGAGGCAAGAAAAUCUCCUGUGGUUGACGGUGUUGUUAUGAGAAAUCCUGAUGGGAAGGAAGUUAGGUAUCCUGUGCUACUGACUCCAGCUGAGAAACAAAUGGCAAGAGAAGUUUGCAUUGCAUUCAGGCAAGCGGUUUGUGGGUUUGAUCUUUUGAGAUGUGAGGGACGCUCCUAUGUUUGUGAUGUGAAUGGAUGGAGCUUUGUUAAAAACUCACACAAGUAUUAUGAUGAUGCUGCCUGUGUGCUGCGGAAGAUGUUUUUAGAUGCAAAGGCACCUCAUCUUUCUUCAGCAAUUCCACCAACUUUGCCUUGGAAAGUAAAUGAACCAGUCCAACCUUCUGAGGGACUUACUCGACAGGGUAGUGGUAUUAUUGGUACUUUUGGACAAUCUGAGGAACUACGAUGUGUAAUUGCUGUUAUUCGUCAUGGUGAUAGAACUCCUAAACAGAAGGUGAAGCUAAAAGUUACUGAGGAAAAGCUGCUGAACCUAAUGUUGAAAUACAACGGAGGCAGACCAAGAGCUGAGACAAAACUUAAAAGUGCUGUUCAACUGCAAGAUCUGUUGGAUGCCACACGCAUGCUGGUUCCUCGUACCAGACCAGAUAGAGAAAGUGAUAGCGAGGCUGAAGUUGAGCACGCUGAAAAGCUUCGUCAAGUUAAAGCUGUUCUUGAAGAGGGUGGGCAUUUCUCUGGCAUAUAUAGGAAGGUUCAGCUAAAGCCACUAAAGUGGAUCAAAGUGGCCAAAAACAACGGUGAUGGUGAAGAAGAACGACCUGUUGAAGCUCUGAUGGUUCUUAAAUAUGGAGGUGUUCUUACACAUGCUGGCAGAAAGCAGGCUGAAGAACUUGGAAGAUAUUUUCGGAAUAAUAUGUAUCCAGGAGAAGGUACAGGGCUACUGCGCCUCCAUAGUACCUACCGUCAUGAUCUUAAGAUAUAUAGCUCUGAUGAGGGUCGUGUGCAGAUGUCUGCAGCCGCAUUUGCCAAAGGCCUUCUUGACCUUGAAGGGCAGCUAACACCAAUCCUGGUUUCACUUGUUAGUAAGGACUCUUCCAUGUUGGAUGGGCUUGACAAUGCCAGUAUUGAAAUGAAAGAAGCAAAGGCUCGACUAAAUGAAAUCAUAACCUCAAGUUCAAACACAUUAAUUAACAAUGGAUCACCUGAAUUUUCUUGGAUGGUUGAUGGUGCUGGACUGCCGCCUAAUGCAUCAGAAUUGCUUCCCAAGUUGGUAAGUUUGAUUAAGAAGGUUACAGAACAAGUAAGACUACUUGCCACUGAUGAAGAUGAGAAGCUUGCAGAAACAAGCUUAUAUGAUGUAAUUCCUCCCUAUGACCAAGCAAAAGCCCUUGGAAAGACAAAUAUUGAUGUUGAUCGUAUAGCUUCUGGAUUGCCUUGUGGUAGUGAAGGGUUUCUAUUAAUGUAUGCUCGGUGGAAAAAGCUUGAAAGGGACCUGUAUAAUGAACGCAAGGAGCGUUUUGACAUCACCCAAAUUCCUGAUGUCUAUGAUUCAUGCAAAUAUGAUCUCUUGCAUAAUGCACAUCUCAAUCUAGAGGGCUUGGAUGAGCUUUUUAAAGUUGCUCAGGCACUUGCAGAUGGUGUAAUUCCAAAUGAAUAUGGAAUUAAUCCAGAGCAGAAGCUGAAGAUUGGCUCAAAGAUUGCACGUCGAUUAUUGGGAAAAAUAUUAAUUGAUCUGAGGAACACACGCGAGGAAGCCAUCAGUGUUGCUGAGUUAAAGAGCAACCAAGAGCAUGUUUCAUCGUCCUCAAAAACUGAAGAGGAGGAAACAGAAGCCAAGACAAAACUUCCCAACAAGAAUGAUGAAAUAAGAAAAUCCAACACUUUGAAUGAUAUAUCAAUGGAUCAAGAUGAUGAUGAUGAUAAAGAGACCAAAUAUCGUUUGGAUCCAAAGUAUGCAAAUGUAAAAACACCUGAACGCCAUGUGCGAACCCGCUUAUACUUCACAUCAGAAUCACAUAUUCAUUCUCUCAUGAACGUUCUUCGUUAUUGUAAUUUGGAUGAAUCUCUUCAAGAGGAAGAGAGCCUUGUUUGCCAUAAUGCUCUAGAGCGCUUAUAUAGAACAAAAGAGCUUGACUAUAUGAGCUACAUUGUGCUGAGGAUGUUUGAAAACACAGAGGUGGCUUUAGAAGAUCCAAAAAGGUUCCGCAUAGAGCUGACAUUUAGCCGCGGUGCUGAUUUAUCCCCCUUGGAGAAAAAUGACAAUGAGGCCGCUUCAUUGCAUCAGGAGCACACACUGCCUAUUAUGGGUCCUGAAAGGCUACAGGAAAUAGGAUCGUAUCUAACAUUGGAAAAAAUGGAGAUGAUGAUUCGUCCAUUUGCUAUGCCUGCAGAAGACUUCCCUCCACCAUCAACACCUGCGGGAUUCUCUGGCUAUUUCUCAAAAAGCGUACUUGAGCGUCUAGUAAAUCUUUGGCCUUUCCAUAAGCAUGUCAAUUCUAAUGGAAAAUAGUUUACUCGUUAACUACUCCCUCUAUUAAUGUUCCAGCUUCAUAUUUCUAAAUGUACAUGGGAAAAUUCUGAUACAACCAAAGCGAGCUUAGGCUCCCCUGGAAAAAAAUUUUUGGAGCUAACAUCUUCCAGCUAAAGAAUGUUGGAAGUUGCAGAAAAUGGCCGUAGUAGUUAAAGCAAGCUUUCUUCGCAGCUCUUUCUAUUAUGUUUUGUUUGAAAAUUGAUAUGAUUAUGGGAAGCAAUUAGCAUGAGGAACAUUUAUGUGUGAGAACGGGGUGAUGUAGCAAAAACCUGAGAGCAAACGGUGAGGACUGUGGUUAUUGGAAAACGACAGGCUUGGCUGGAAAGCGUUUGGGUUGCUAGAACCUGGGGGUAGUUGGAAUAUAUGAAAUGCGAUUUUGGAUCAUUCGUGUUAGGGAUUGUGGUGUUGACAGGACUUGAAUCGAUAUUUACACAAAAUCAGUUGACAAAUCACUAGUUAAAAGAAUUACAAGUUUUCUAAACAUAUAAAUACAUGUCCAUAAUAAAUUCACUGAUUAAUGCAGUAAAAUGUGACUUGUCUUGUGGACUUUCACUUAUGUUAUAUUCUUUUUAUCUGUUUUUUUUUUAUCAAGAUUUUUGUUAAUAUAAAACAUAAAAUAAUGAUAAAAAUUAAAUUAGUAAACUUAUGAAAAUAUUAAAAUAAUGUUAAUAAAAAAUAUUAAAAUGAUAAAAAGUAAUUUAGAUAAUAAAGCUAUGGGGAAAAAUUAGAUUGCUAGUUUGAUAAAUAAGUUCGAUUUAAAUUAUAUAAGACUAAUUUUUAAAAUUACAUUUGAAAUCUGAUCUAACUUAAUAGAGAAGUGGUUAGUUUAGUUCAGUUUGCUUAGAUUUUGGUUUACUAAUAUUUUAUUCUUUGGUUUAGUUUUUGUAAUUAUAUUGGAUUAGAUCAGUACAUUAGAGGUGAGUGAGAGAGACUAUUGAAAUCACCAAAAUAUCCUAAAAAAGUAUUUAGGAUAUGGCAAGAGGAUUUUUAAACACAAAUUAAAGUAUACAAUUUUACGAUAGCGAUCGUGAUUUCAUGCUUGUUUUAAUAAAACGUGGCAUAAUGCUCUAUGCAUUGAUGAUUCUGUUAAAUGUAAACCCGUAAUUGACUACUUUGAGUUGAACUGUUAAAUCGUGAAUCAAUUCCCCAUUGAUUGAUUUUGUCUCUCUGUCCACACCGUGAUGAAAAUUUGACGUCAAACGAAGUUCAAAGUCUAAUGUCAUGUCUAGUAGUAAAUGAGCUAACAGGAGUAUUGCUCUCAAAUGACGUCUAUUUUAGGACCUCUCCCAACUAGGAUAGAUAAGUACAAGGAAAGAGGUAAACCUAAAUCCCUCCGUCUUAAUGGCAGAAUUGAAUCAGAGUCUUAAAAUGCGCCGAAAUAUCAUGGAGGUUUAAUGAAAAUUUAGGUGAUCAUUUUAGUGUUCUGUAAACUCAGAACAAUACUAUAAUUCAUGUACAUUACGACCAUAACUUUGCACAACUGUAUUACCAUUUUAUUUUCUCAAGGUCUGUCUAUACAACCAUUAAGAUUCUUUAGGCUAUUCAAAUAAGAUGCAAGAGUAAAAUUGUGGGCAUAACUACUAAGUAAAAUAUAUCACGACUUCUUUACGGUGAAGACAAACUAGGUGGUAGGCAUUCCAUAUAGUCACAUAGGUCAUGUGAAAAAUGCACAUAUCGCUGUAAAAUAUAUCUCCCCACGUAAUUUGGGUGCUUAAUGUUCAUCUUAGACUUUCUCUUUUAUGCUAACUGUUUGUUCUGAUCUUAAGUCCACAAUUCUAGGAGUUCUGAUUUUAGGAAAUAUUUUCUGUUUUCAUCUUUUAUUGACAAAAUUAUCAUCUUAUUUUCAUUAUGUUUUCUAUUUUUAAUUUUUGUAUAGGAAACAUUGAAAAUAAUUGUCAAAACAGAAAAUAAUAAUAGAAAAUAUUUUUUUAUUGUUUCAGAAAAUAUUUUGUUUCCAUUUUUAAUCAUAAAAUUAUUACCUUAUUUUUAUUUUCUUCCUUAUUUUUAAAUAUUUAUAUAGAAAACAUUGAAAAUAAAUUUUAAAAUUUUCACUAUUUUUUGUAUAAAAUUUUAAAAAUAGGAAAUAAAAUAAAAAUAAAUUGAAAGUUUUGUAAUUGUAAAAAACAUAAAAUGAUAGGUAAACCAAACAAUCCCCUAAAAUUUAAAAUUGAUAAAGUUAUAUCAAAAUGGUUGUUUCUUUGUAAAAAGGGAAUCACUAGGAAAUAGUGUCAUAAGCUCAAUGGGGAAUCAAACUGGUUGACUCUAUUUUUUGUUCUCUUACCUUAGUCUCCAACGGA